GUCCCGGCGGCUCCGGGAGAAGCACCGUGGGGCAGGAGGACAGGGGAAAAGCAGAAGGGGGAAAAAAAAAAUUUGGAGGAGGAAAAAAAAAAAAUUUAGAAAUCCUCCAAGUCUCUCUCCUGCCAGCUCAGCCCGUUCCUACGAGUCCCGCGGCCAUGCCCAGCCACCCCACCGGUGCCGUGCUGCUGGCGCUCGCCCUCUGCAUCCUCCUGGAAGAUGGUAUGGGCCAGCCUCCUCUGGAGUCCCACCUCGCCGCGGCCAGUGCGGCGCACCUGAGGACCAAGCGAUGUUCGUGCAACAGCUGGCUGGAUAAAGAGUGCAUUUACUUCUGUCACCUGGAUAUUAUCUGGGUCAACACACCUGGACACACCGCUCCCUAUGGCUUGGGAAGCCCGCCAAGGCGGCGCAAGAGGUCGCUCAGCAGGUGCGAGUGCUCGCACUCAAGGGACAGCAUCUGUACCAACUUCUGCCAGCCGAAACCCGGGUACCGCCAGAGUCUGAAGCUCCCAGCAAGCUCUGGAGCAUCGAUGAAGGCUCCGCAAAGCGAUGAUAGGAAGCCUUCCCCUCACAGCCUGCUGAGAGCUCUCAGGGAUCUUGCUGUUUCCAGCCUGCAGUUCAGCAAGCAGCAGCGCUAUUCUCAGAGGAACGCUCAGCCAACAGUUUUGCCUUGGAAGAAAAGCAUCUGGAAGAAGAAGAGAUAAGGAACAGGUGCAAACCAAGUUCGCCAGAAGAAUCUGGAGUCCUGUGGGUGCCGCUAACUCCGCUGUUGGUAGUUAGAGCUGAAGGAAAGGCCAUGAGCAGAGGGGGGAAGAAGUGGAAGUCUCCAUGCUGCUGUUGCGUGAACGAGUACUGCAUGCACUCCAGAGACUGUCAUAAAGGGAAAUCAGUGUCUCUCUAUACAGUCAUAGAUGUGUCAUGGAGCUGAAUUGUGCCUUUUUGGAUCAGGCAAGGGUCUUACUGGUAGAGUACUUGCUUAACUCUGCACUGGAGUUCUAGGCAGACGGUCAGCCCACUCUGGGAGGUCAAAUCACUUCCAAACCAAACAGCUCUGGGCAGUCUGGACCUGGCAGCACUGAACGCCCGUAUCACUGGCCUGGUCUGCCCUGCCUUUGGACCAAAUUUGAGCACGGUUCCAGCUUGGCCCGCUUCAGACAUGGUCUGGUAGAUGGGCGUAAGCUGCCUCCAGCGUGGCCUGCCUCUGGGCCCACCUUUGCACUUUUUUCUCUUGUCAGACAGUGCAAUGUGCAUAUGAAUGAGACUCCCAUGGUAAAACAGCUCCCAGUUUAUAUAAAAAGGUGUAUCAUCUUGAAGCCUGAAAGCCAACUGAGUGGUCAGUGGCAUUCUUUGGCUGAGAAGUUCACUGAAGGGCCAUCCUACAGUGGCUCUUCAGGCAGAUGAUAGCUUGCUUCCACUGGAGCUUACACCAAACCCAAGCAUGGCCCCUGCCACCAGCAGAGUGGCGUCUGGGGGGGAGGCUCACGCAGAACCAAAUUUCAUUGGCAGCUUCUGGCCCUGCCAUGCAAGAACCCUGUGCAUGGAGCCCCGUGGAGCCCUGGGGAGGGAGGGUCCGAGGUAGAGAUGAGCUGCUGGUCUGGGUGGGGUCAGUCCUGUGAACCUGGCUCAUUGACUGGGAUGUACUCUUAGUGGGCAGAGCUCCUCCAGCUCUUCACUCCAUAUCCCAGCUUGCUUUCAGCUCUGCCUGAAAGGAAGGGCUUGGGGCAGAGAAGAUUGGUGGUGGGGAAACGGCACGCAAAGGCUUGCUUGCUGCUUUGCUUAGAUCAGGUUUCUGAGUCAGACCCUAUAUAACAAAUAACCAGUAUAUGGAAAGCAUGUCGCUAUGAGAAGUGUAACCAGAAUAGGCAAGAGGCAGCCAGGUGGGAUUAACAAGGAGAAAAGGAUCAGUAGGAAGAGAACAUAGCACUGUCUGCACAGCUUUAGAAGAAAGGGUUGGACUUAAACCCACGCCAAAAUUAUGGAUGCUUCCCCAGAGCAGCACUGUGAUGCUGGCUCGGAGGAGGGAAGGAAUAAUUUGGAAUUAACACUGAGCCCAGAACCUAGAAACCCAUAUUCUAGGCAAACAGUCUCAAGGCUCUGGAACUGUAUUGCGAAUGCACUUUUGCUUGCCUGGGCAGAUUAACUUCUAUUAUAAAUUGUGGCUGCAACUGUCAUCUGGUUAGUGCAGAUAAAUAAUUACUGUCCUGGAUCCACUGUUGGGUCCCCCUUGCUGCCCAGUCCAGUAUUACACAUGAGCAUUUAAAAAGACUGCUUGAAGUUGGUGAUGGACCAAAAUCUGUGGUUGUUGCAAGUGUAGUCCCAUUGGACAUACAAAAUACUUCCUUGAUUUUGCUUUAAGCCCUAGAGAGGGGGGAAAAAUGAGACCAAUUGAUUGUAUUGUAAAUGAAACAACAGGCUAAUCAUUUGGUCCCCAAAGCUGCAGUGAAACUUUUUUCUAUUUGACGUUCUGAAGGUUUGAGUCAUUUGGAAAAAAAAAAUUAAAAAAAUCCUGAAAGGGUUUGUUCCAAAGGAAACUUUGCACAUGGUUUAAUGUGAGCCUAGUAAUUUAAAAUAAAACUACUGCUGUAAAGUACUAUGUAUAUCUCCUUAUGUGCAUAAUGUCUCAUCUUUAAGUGACUGAUUGCACACCUGCCAUAUGUAGCAUCCUGACAUCUGUAUAUUUAUUUAAAUCUAUUGAUUUUUAGAUGGUAAUUUGCAAAGUUUAAUUUGUAAUAAAUAAUGACAAAACUC